UGCUAAAAUUAAUUCAAAAAUAAAUAUAUAAAUAAAAACAGAAAGAGAGCGUAGAAAAAGAGAAAAAUACCUCGGAGCAGUUGCUCUCUAGCAUUGAAGAAUCUGGUUUAACGAAUUGAAGAGAGAAAGAUCAAAGAUGAGAGUGGUGAUUUUCCUGUCGAUUUCAUUUUCUCUAUUUCACUUUCUCUUUGCCGAACAAGUCAUACAGCUUCAAAUCGGAGGUGGCUCAUUUGGUCGAGGCUCUCGCGAACCAAAAUACAAUAUCAAAUUGCAUUCUGAAGACUCACCUUAUCACCCUGAAGAUGACCAAGAGUCAGUGGUUAUGCCCAAUAACAAUGGGCAGAAUUACUUAUGUUACUUACCUAAGGUAGAAAAGGUCAAGAGUGGAAAGCUGGUUACUCAGCAUAAUAUCAGCAGCAUGAUUGUAGAGAGUGAGAAAAGGAUUAAGUUGAAGACACCAGAUGAGUUGCUUGAAGAACUCAAGGAGCGAUGCUUUGUUAGACAAGAGGGUUGGUGGGCAUACGAAUUCUGCUAUCUGAAAAGAGUACGACAACUUCAUUUAGAGGAUGAAAAGGUGGUUCAGGAGUUUAUUCUCGGCGAGUAUGAUGCAGAGGCUACAACCGCUUACAAUCAGAAUCUCUCUGACAUAUCAACACUCAAGGAUCCUCGCUCAAAAGAUGCAUCCCAAAGGUAUCAUGCUCAUCAAUAUACAAACGGAACCUUAUGUGAUCUUACAAAUCAACCACGAGAGACUGAGGUAAGAUUUGUAUGCUCAGAACCCAAAGCUAUGAUAAGUUCCUUUACAGAGCUAUCUACUUGCAAGUAUGCACUUACAGUUCGAAGCCCAAUGCUCUGUCAGCAUCCAUUGUUCCAAGCAGAGAGACCAGUGUGGUACACCAUUCACUGCAAUGAACUUCCUAAGGAUAAGGAAACUAAAGUGGCUGAAGAGUUCCAGAGGAGUAAGCGGAUUGUUACAGUUGCCAAGGGCGAAGAUACAUUUAACGAUUUGUCUUGACCAACACAAAAAAAUGUGUAUGCACACAAGAUCUUUGUUGAUGCCAAUCACAAUACAGCCUACAUAAUUUGUAGCUGUGUUACUUUUCAACUAGACAGAUCAUAUAUAUUUUCAGGAUGUGCAUACUUAUCUGCGUAGUGUGUAGUUGCCAUUCAGUGAGCUCUUUUUUAAAGAAGAAAUUUAGAAGUGUUGUACAUGAAAACCGAUGCUUGUCAAUCUGUGCUGCCUAUUUGGCUAGAAAAGAAAGGCUUGGUUUUGGAUAUGUAGUCUGUAAUUUUGUCACCUGACCUGAGCAAAAGGUGGGACUAACACUUUUUACACUCAAAUAUUACACACUUUCCUGGCAAA